AUGGGUGCUGAAUAUGACUACGUUAUCAUUGGCGGUGGAACCGCUGGUCUUACCUUGGCAGCUCGUCUUUCCGAGGAACCCGAGUACUCGGUCGCUGUCAUCGAAGCCGGGAACUUCUACCAGAUCGACAUGCCACUCCUAUUGUCAACGCCAAUGAGCGGUGGUUCAUUCACAGGAACUUCUCCCAGCGAUAUCCAUCCCUCAAUAGACUGGGGUCUUGUCACCUCUCCGCAGGGUGGUGCCAAUCAAAGGCAGUUGCAUUAUGCCAGUGGGAAAUGCUUGGGUGGCAGUUCCGCGAGAAAUAGCAUGAUCUACCAGCGUCCCGACAAAGGAUCACUUCAAACGUGGGCGGGCAUGGUUGGAGACAAAUCAUUCACCUACGACCGAUUUUUACCAUACUAUCAGAAGAGCUGCACAUUCAGUGGUCCGAUCCCGCAACCAAAUGCGAGUGUUCAUGGUGGUUCUGAUGCCCCGGGACCCAAGGGAGGACCUCUGCAUCUUACUUACCCACUCGAUCCGCGGCCUUUUUCCACGCAUCUAGGAUCUGCGUUCAGCGAGAUGGGGAUCCCUAAUGCAGCUGAUUUCAGCAGUGGCGAACUGAAAGGAUCACAGUUCUGUCUCUUGACCCUUGACCCGAACACGGCAGUUCGCUGCUCAUCUCAAGCAGCCUUUCUAGAGACCUGCCAAGCUCGGCCGAAUCUGAAGGUUUUCCGCAAGACUGCUGUCCAAAAGAUCGUAUUCGAUUCUGAUAAACGAGCUGUAGGCGUCGAUAUUGAUUAA